CGUUCGACUGCUUGCAUCUCCACGCCCAAAUGACACCCUAGACGCCCGCGUCUCCGGCUUUAACGCCCACAUUUCCUUCGCUAUCUGCCGACUCCGGACCAUCAUUCCACCCUCCGCCAUCAUGGCCGACGCCAGCGUCGUCCCAGACCUCAUGAACGACCCGGCUUACGACCCCAACUCGACCGCCUCCGACAAGGCCUCAGAGGAUCCCGAUACCUGCCGCAUAUGUCGAGGCGAAGGCUCUCUUGACGAGCCGCUGUUCUUCCCGUGCAAGUGCAGCGGGAGCAUCAAGUUCGUCCAUCAGGAAUGCCUGAUGGAAUGGUUAUCGCACUCGCAGAAGAAACACUGCGAGCUGUGCAAGACGCCCUUCCGCUUCACCAAACUAUACCAUCCGCAGAUGCCGAGCACCCUUCCGACGUCCGUCUUCCUCCGGAGGGCCCUGAUCCAUGUCGUCAACCACUUCAUAACCUGGGCUCGGGGCUUGUUGGUGGGCACGGUAUGGCUGGUGGGGCUACCUUGGUUUAUGCGCAUAAUCUGGAGAGCCUUGUUCUGGUGUGGCGAUGGUGGAUUUGCGACGGACCUGGCACGCGUGGCAAAUAUUCACAGGCACAGGAUCAUGCCUCAUCUUAAUGCGGACCCGGCCAACAGGACCUCUCUUCCGUUGAACAUGACCGCCUUGUCCGCGCUUCCUGCAAUCCUCUCUCCGUUUUCCCAAACGCUCAACAUGAGCGCGGGAGAGCCCACUGUCUUCAUGAUCGUCAAGAGGAUCCUUUUUGGUUUCUAUCCGGUCAACGUGGAUGUAAUUGACCCGAAGAACUCCACAACCACCGGCGCGACGCAAACGCAUGGAUCUCUCUUAUCCGACGUGUCAUUUUUCAAGAAAAUUACAUCGAGUCCUCGUAUCCUUCGGUUUGUCUUGGACGUUGUUGAGGGCGAAAUCAUUACAGUCCUCGUUGUGAUUGCUUUUAUAUUGAUUUUCUUGAUUCGUGAGUGGGUCGUGCAGCAGCAGCCUGUCAUUAAUGUUGCUGCCAUGCAACCAAUGAAUAGGCCAGUCGUACCGCCCGCUGUCGAAGAGGAGGUUCAGCAUGAAGCACCAAACGAUCCAGCGCAAGAUGCCAAUGCUCAGCAAGAUAGGGGUGAGCAAGCUGACGGCUCCGAAAGUGAUGACUCCCAGGGAUCUGCGGAGGCGUUUCCGAUGUUUGCCGAUUUCGAAUACACACCGGAAGAGGAUGACAGACAGAGAGGUCCACGUCAGAUGCCCGAAUUUGCACAAAAAUACAUCGACGAAAUCCCGGAUGCCAAUGUUCGUCAGGCUUUAAGAGAUGCGGAUCCGCGCAAGCUGGCUUCCAUAAUCGAUCGAAUGGAUCUUGUAGGCCAAAAAAUCAUUAGGAGAGAACUGUGUGUUUGGUUGGAAACAAUUAGUCGAUUGGUACGAUCGACAGCUGAAUCUGACCGGAGGACAGAGACAUGGGAGCAGUUGCUCUUAUGGGCCAGUGAUUUCAAGGAAAUAAUCGUGACGCCACAAGAGACGGAGAGAUAUGGAACGCCGUCAAUUUUCAUCCCCGGCGCGCUCGACGCAGACGAAUCAUCCCUCUCGACAGACUCGGACCUGCCAGACUCUCUUCUAGCCGGCAACGAGUAUCAACGCGCGCGGCAGAGGGUGUCUGCUGGACGUUUAACGAAAGCAGUGCAGAGACCUAACAUGCCCAGCCGUGAGCAGUCGUUUUUGGCAGCUCAAAUACGGCGGGACCUGGAAGAGGCAACAAGGAAAGCGUUGCUGGAUAAUGCCGGCGAAGGACCCGCCAUAGAGCCGGAUGGGGAACGCCACAGCGACAACAGCGAAGAAAGCUGGCAACAGAUUUCCGAUUCUGAGGCGGUGGCCGCUCUGACAGCGAACUCUAUUACUCCAGAUGCUGACUACGUGUAUUCGUCUGCUCCGCGGUCGUCUAGGCCGUCGACAUCAUUCGAUGAAGCACACCCGACCAGCGAAGAGCUCUAUGGCGAUGCCAAUGAAGACGAAGGUGGUGCCGAUGACCAGGAUCACUCAACUUCCCACAGCCAUACCACCACUGUCGUGCCUCCGAAUGACGAGUCGGACGCACCGCCUACAUAUGGACCAGAACCUGCCCCUGCCAGGGACAACCAAGCAGGAGCAUCGCCCGCGAACGCGGAAUCAACGCGCGCCCUGCCCGUUAGAGACGUGGGCUUUUGGGAAAGUGUUUACAACUGGCUGUACGGUGAUAUCCUACCAGUGGAACAUGAUGAUGUUCAAUUGGGCGGAGAUGAUGCCCACGUUGUACAGAACCUGGCAGAAGAAGCUCCGUUUGUAGGUCGUGACGCAGCAUUUGACGAGGAGUUUGACCAACCGGGCGCUGCUCAGGAUCCUGAAGUCGCUGCUGCAGCUGCGCAGGCAGGCAUUGAUCUCAACGAUGCCGAGGCCAUCGAGGACGCCGAAGACUUGGAAGGAAUUAUGGAACUCAUUGGUAUGCAGGGUCCAAUUCUUGGCCUCUUCCAAAACGCCAUUUUCAGCGCGGUCUUGAUAUCUGCAACUGUUGCCGUUGCCGUGUGGAUACCUUAUCUUUGGGGUAAAGUAGUGUUGCUUUCUCUAGGCCGCCCGGUCUGGUUAUUCCUCAAGUUACCUCUCCGUAUUCUAUCGGCAGGAGCAGAUCUUAUUGUUGACUCCAGCCUUUUCCUUGGAGCUGCGAUUUUGUAUUGGUCGUUAACGGUACUUACAACUCUACUACCCAUCGCAAUGUUACAUCAGCCCUUCGAGUCGCUGGCAACAUCCACUCAGACGGUAGCAGAGUCCGCUGUCCAGCGCAUCUCCAGGGUUUUUACCGACGCAGGCACCAGUAUGAAUUCGGAUUAUCUUCACCUCUCGAUCAGCUCUCAUGCUGCAUUGCGCUCUCUUCAGCGAGACGGCAGCGAGUGGAUGUCUUAUCUCUGGACUGGCCUUGUUGCGCUUUAUGAACAGAUGUCUCAUAUGGAGUCUUUCUCCGUAUUCGGUACCUUGGGUCGCAUUUUUCAGGCUACGCUCGGCAUAGCAGCAUCCGCAAUCACCAAUCUGCGAGCUGCUUUGCCCACCAUAUCGACAGCAAAUGGUCUUUCAGUCACUCUGCCCACCGGAAACAGCACCGUAUCUACCGUCGACCCGACUUUCGAAUAUUGGACUGCGACGGACAGAAUCAUCGCUAUCCUUGCAGGCUACGUCUUCUUCGCCUUUGCCGGUGCACUCUACCUGAAAAGAGGAACGCCUUUCACCAGCUCCCCAAAUGGCCGUAGAGUUGAAGUUAUCAUUUCAGAUGUGUUGCAGCAGGCUGGAGGCGUUCUCAAAGUCAUUCUGAUUAUUAGCAUUGAGAUGCUCGCUUUCCCCCUGUACUGUGGAAUUCUUCUGGAUGUCGCCUUGCUUCCUUUGUUCGAAGACACGACUCUUAUUUCACGAUUCGAGUUUGCACAUAAAGCGCCAUGGACAGCUGGCUUCGUCCAUUGGUUCGUGGGCACCUGCUACAUGUUCCACUUUGCGCUUUUCGUCUCCAUGUGCCGAAAGAUUAUGAGAACCGGCGUCCUCUACUUCAUUCGUGAUCCGGACGACCCGACGUUCCAUCCUGUCCGAGACGUUCUCGAACGGAGCGUUACCAGCCAGCUCCGCAAGAUUGCAUUCAGCGCUUUUGUCUAUGGCGCGUUGGUCAUCUGCUGCCUGGGCGGUGUUGUGUGGAGCCUUUACUUGGGAUUCGACAACAUACUUCCCGUCCACUGGGAGUCUCACGCGCCCGCUAUGGAAUUUCCGAUCGAGCUGCUCUUCUUCAACUUCCUGACUCCAGUGGUAUUAAGGUUGUUCAAACCCAGCGAUUCUCUCCAUGAGAUGUAUCAGUGGUGGUUCCGCAAGUGUGCGAGAGGGCUGCGACUCUCCGACUUCCUAUUUGGUGAGAAAUUCGCAGACGAGAGAGGUCACCAUGUCAGACGGACGUGGGCGGGCUGGUUUGCCAGGAAGAAGGGAAACGCGGAAGCCCCCGUCACUGGUGAAGAGCGCCGUGUCUCCGCUGAAAAUCGGAACACUGAAGCAUACUUCCUCUUCGAUGGACGCUAUGUGCGGGCUCCGGCUUCUGAUCAAGUUCGCAUUCCCAGGGGCCAAUCCGUGUUUGUCGACGUCGACACUUCCAACAACCGGCUCGAUGGCAAGUCUGAUGACGACGGCGUCCACGGUAGACAUUCUGGACUCACCUCCUUCGUGUACAUUCCGCCAUGGUUUCGCGUUCGCAUCUGCCUGUUUGUCUUGGCAAUCUGGCUCUUCGCGGCUGUUACGGGUGUUGGUGUGACGGUCGUCCCACUCCUAUUCGGGCGCUCGCUCAUUGCAAGCUUUCUUCCCGAUGGUACAACCGUCAACGACAUCUACGCCUUUUCCAUUGGCAUCUACAUUUUCGGUUUCACCGCCUACACAAUCCUGCACUUCCGCCAGGUUGGCGCAUACUUUGCUCGCUCGCUGCAGCAUCCAGUUACGGCUGCCUACUCGGUCCUCCAUGUGCUGGUGAACUACGCCACUCGCGCCCUCGCCACCACUUACGUCUACGCAGCCGUCCUCGUUGCGCUCCCCAUCCUUUUUGCCGCCUUCCUAGAAUUCUAUAUCCUCGUCCCUCUGCACGCCUACCUCGCGCCUCAAGAGGAGCACGUCAUCCACCUUAUUCAAGAUUGGACUCUGGGCUUCCUCUAUGCACGCGUGGCAGUAAGCGUCCUGCUCUGGAACCCGCGCAACGUGUUGUCGCGGGCACUGCGAGCCGUGGUGCGUGACGGCUACGCGCGCCCAGAUGCGCGCCUUGCAACACGCUGCUUCGUCGUACCGGCCGUCGUCUUCUUCGCCACUACCCUACUUGGCCCACUCCUCCUAGCCCGCAUAGCGAACGCAACCAUCUUUGCCGGCCGUGGGCCUUGGGUUCAUCACGUCGUCUACAGGACUGUGUAUCCGCUUAUGCUGGCGGUGGCCCUAGGCGUUUGGGCAUGCUUUGGAGCCGUACGCACGACGGACCGCUGGAGGGCAAGAGUCCGCGAUGAGGUUUACCUAAUCGGCGAGCGGCUGCACAAUCUUGGAGAGAGAAAGACGGCACUGAGCGGCGCACUGAGACAAGGGCAGAACCAAGGCUCCACUCAUCCCGAGCCGACACCGGUGGCGACAUAACGUGGCGGUUAGAGAUGGACAGCAAAGAGUGGUUAUAACUCGGUGAGGUGGGCCGUCCAAGUUGAUAUCCCUUUUAUUUAUUUCUUUUACGUUCCGGCCCUUCUCACGUUUCCCUCUUUUGCGUCUUCAAUUGAGAUGUGCUGAAUGCGUCAUAGGUGGCUAGAUAGAUGGCUGCUCAGUCGGCUAAAUAGCCGUACCAAUUUGACAUCAUGCGGUUAGGACUGUAUGCUGGUUGUGUUUUGACAGGUCUUGGCAAAAGUGAAGUGACAGUCGCCGAGAAAAAACGUACUAAGGAGCUCGAGGAAGCUGUCUACCAAAUCAAGCCAACUUCAACUGUCGACACUCGAAACAGGCAUACGAAUAAUAGCGGAGGUGUGUACUUAUACAAAGAAGCCCUUCUCGUACUGUUAACAACACCAUGACCUUCCUGCAUUCCUGCAUGGUGGGGUGUUAUUUCCUUGGUUCAAGUUUGAGCACCGAUGAC